ACUUAUAUUUUUAAAUUUUCAUUUUAGUUUAUUAUGUUCAUUGUGUGAUCUUAUAAAAACGUUUACAUUUAUAUACCUUUCAAAUUUAAAAUGGAUCAAUUUUUAAAAAAAAUUAUUGCAAUUAACAUUUUUAUUUCAUUAAAUUCAAUAUUUUCUAUUGAAAGAACUCCUUUCAUGCCAAAUCUCCCCGUCGGACCAUUUAAAACCAAAUUCAAAUUCGUAUCAAUUUGCAAUGAUACUAUAGAUUAUCCCUUGAAGUUUAAUUAUUAUAUUACAAAACCUACUCCGACUCAAAUUCUAUUAAAGGGCAAUAUUACUUUCAAUAUUCCGUUAGACGACAGAUUAUACUUCAACUUUAACAUGGCUAUUUGGUCAAAAAUUGGAGGAUGGAAAGAUAAUGCAUUCAUUUACAAAAAUAAAGGUGCAUGUUUAACAAUGAAAUUUUUCAUGAAAAAUAUGUGGAAUGAGUAUCUAUCAAAACAUCAUUUUACUGAUUGUCCCAUUAAACCAGGUUUUUACAAAGUGGAUAGUUAUGAUCUAUCACAAGUAGCAGAGGCAAAUUUUCCAAAUCAAUUUUUCUAUGGUUCUUAUAAAACCUCAUUGUAUUUUACGGAUGAACAAAAUGUUCAAGUUGGCUGUAUAUUGUUUAUUUCAGAUGUAUUGAGACCAUGGGAGUAAAAAAAAAUGUGUAUAUAUAUAUAAAUAAAUAAAUAAACAGUAAUAAACAUUAGUUUAUUGUAUACAUUUA